ACUAUAUUUUACAUUCCUUCACAAUUUAGCAAAAACCUUUGUGGUUGUAAAUAUUAAUUCUCUAUAUUUUUUGAAGCUCAACUGGGUUCUCUGGCAAUAGAACAACCCAAAAAGGAAGAAGAAGAAGAAGAUCGAUGAUGAAGUGGUCACCGUGGCCAGGCGGAUCAACGAGGAGGUUUCACGUGAAAGUCAACCAGCUAAAGCUUCAUGGAUUUUCAUGUGAAAACGAGAGAGAAAAGACAUUGUUGAUCGAGGUGAAAUGGAAAGGUUCCAAAAAGCAUGGAGGUCCGUCCGGAAUGCUAAUGGCGCCGUUUUACGGACGAUCGAGGUGUCAGAAAAACUGCACCGGUAAGGGUUUUAUUGGAAAAGGUGAAAUCGUUGAAUGGGACGAUGAGUUUCAGAGCCUCUGUAAUUUUGGGUCAAAACAGAGCGGUGGUUGUUUUAGUCCUUGGGAUUUGACCUUCACUUUGUUACAUGGAGAGAGUGCAGAAUUGAAAAGUGACAUGGCGGUUCUGGGGAGGGUUUCGAUGAACUUGGCAGAAAUGGCUUCGAAGAUGGAUGCUGAGAUUCACACAAAGCUUUCUGUAAAUUUAAACAUGGAAGGGAUGAUCAUCCCCAUCGAAGCUACCCUUUUGGUUUGUCUAAGCUUUGCUGAGGUCAGAAACACAAAUGACUCGGCCGGAAUCGUCGAAGACUCGGCCGAGUCGGACAAAGACAGGAUGGUUCGAGGGGUCGGCUACUUUAGAAGCUUCAGAAAGACCAAGAAUGAGAGAAAGAGUUCCGGCGACCGAGUCACUUCUAGUGACACGGACGAUUCAUGCUUAACCGAUUCAGACGGGUCUUCAGGGAAUGAAACUUCACAGACGGAGUUGGGAUCGUCCCUGAGUUCUGAGACUCAGCUUGACUCGGGCCAGAAGGGUUGGUUCUCUAAGAAGCGAAAGUGGUUCAGUCCUAGACCACCAAGAAGAAAAGUAGAGCCGUUGAUUGAGAGGACUAUCGAAGUCAAUGGAGAUCCGAUUGCCGUCGACAAUCAUCCCAGUGAUUCAACAGAGAUUCUAGGUACUGUUGAACAUUCUGAAGAAUCACACCAGCAAGAUAAAAAUUGCAUCACAAGUACUAGCUGGGAAGCAAGGGAAGUCGCAAGCAGAGAUGGGCUAGCAAAGCUCAAAACCAAUGUGUUUUUUGCCUCCUUCGACCAACGCAGUGAAAAGGCCGCCGGUGAGAGUGCCUGUGCAACAGUAGUUGCCGUCAUAGCGCACUGGCUGCAUUCAAACCAAGGCUCCAUGCCUACAACAUCCGAAUUUGAAAACCUCAUAACACAAGGUUCCACAGAGUGGCAAAAGCUUUGCAGCAAUGAGGCUUACAUGAACUUGUUUGCCAACAAACACUUUGACCUUGAAACUGUUUUGGAAGCGGAUCUUAGACCUCUAGAAGUCGUAACAGAGAAAUCAUUCAUCGGAUUCUUCAGCCCCGAGAAGUUCGAGAGCUUAGAAGGGCACAUGUCAUUCGACCAGAUAUGGAAUGAGAUAAGCAAGAACACCAUUUUCGACGAACCAAGGAUAUACAUUGUGAGCUGGAACGACCAUUUUUUUGUUUUGAAGGUUGAAGCCGAUGCUUACUAUAUCAUUGAUUCAUUGGGUGAGAGACUCUUUGAGGGGUGUGACCAGGCAUACAUACUAAAGUUCGAUGAGUCAAGUAUCAUAUAUGAGAGUAACUUAGAAAAAACAGAGGAUGCUUCAAAGGAAAUAGGGGGUUCUGAGAGUAAUAAGGAAAGGUCAGAAGUCAUAUGCAGUGGAAAAGAGUGUUGUAGAGAGUUCAUUAAGAGAUUUCUUGCUGCCGUACCACUUAAGGAACUUGAAGAAGAAGAUAAGAAGAAAAAAGUUUCUGAUUUAACUCUCCACCAGCGUUUGCAGAUCGAGUUUCACUACAGCUUUUCUUCUUCUUUAACUUCUUCUGCUACUUCUUCCUCGCACUCUCUUUUCUAAGGUGAUGAGUGUAUAGAAAUCAAGUAGCCAAAUGUAUAGCAGGCCUCGAUUCCUUUUCCAUUUCUGAUACUUUAAGAGACUGAGAAAUUUUGAUGAUAUCGACAUUCUGGCAUUCUGCAGAUUCGAAUUUGUGCCAUAAUUUAGUCUCCUGAUCUAUAUGUUAUAUUUUACCAAUGUGAUAA